CUAUAAAACUCACGCAAUCUUACUCCAGCGUUCUCAGUUUUAGUUCAGACCGCUGGCGAACUGGUCACGUUCGAUCCAUUGGGAAAUAUCGUCGGACAGAACGCGAGAAAGUAGUUGAUCAACAUGAGACUGUUCCUGCUAGCCCUGCUGGCUACUUUGGCGGUAACCCAAGCGCUGGUCAAGGAGGAGAUACAGGCCAAGGAGUACCUGGAGAAUCUGAACAAGGAGCUGGCCAAGCGAACCAACGUGGAAACCGAGGCCUCCUGGGCCUAUGGCUCCAACAUCACCGACGAGAACGAAAAGAAGAAGAAUGAGAUAUCCGCCGAGCUGGCCAAGUUCAUGAAGGAGGUGGCCAGUGACACCACCAAGUUCCAAUGGCGCUCGUACCAGUCGGAGGAUCUCAAGCGCCAGUUCAAGGCUCUGACCAAACUGGGCUAUGCCGCUCUACCCGAAGCCGACUAUGCCGAGCUGCUGGACACUCUCUCCGCCAUGGAGUCCAAUUUCGCCAAGGUCAAGGUUUGCGACUACAAGGACAGCACCAAGUGCGACCUAGCCCUCGACCCGGAGAUCGAGGAGGUCAUCAGCAAGAGCCGUGACCACGAGGAGCUCGCCUACUACUGGCGCGAGUUCUACGACAAGGCCGGAACCGCCGUGCGAUCCCAAUUCGAACGCUACGUGGAGCUCAACACGAAGGCAGCCAAGCUGAAUAACUUCACUUCUGGUGCCGAGGCCUGGUUGGAUGAGUACGAGGACGACACCUUCGAGCAGCAGCUGGAGGACAUCUUCGCGGAUAUUCGUCCGCUUUACCAGCAGAUCCACGGCUAUGUGCGCUACCGCCUGAGGAAACACUAUGGUGACGCAGUGGUCUCCGAGACAGGACCCAUUCCCAUGCACCUUUUGGGCAACAUGUGGGCGCAGCAGUGGUCAGAGAUUGCGGACAUCGUAUCCCCCUUCCCGGAAAAGCCCCUGGUGGAUGUGAGUGCUGAAAUGGAAAAGCAGGGCUACACACCACUCAAAAUGUUUCAAAUGGGCGACGACUUCUUCACGUCUAUGAAUCUUACCAAGCUGCCACAGGACUUCUGGGACAAGUCAAUCAUUGAGAAGCCCACCGAUGGCCGCGAUCUGGUUUGCCAUGCCAGCGCCUGGGACUUUUAUCUCACCGACGAUGUGCGCAUCAAGCAGUGCACCCGGGUUACACAGGAUCAGCUCUUCACCGUGCAUCACGAACUGGGACACAUUCAGUAUUUCCUGCAGUAUCAACACCAACCCUUCGUCUAUCGCACUGGUGCCAAUCCCGGUUUCCACGAAGCUGUCGGUGAUGUGCUCUCCCUGUCCGUAUCGACACCCAAACAUCUCGAGAAGAUUGGCCUGCUGAAGGAUUAUGUGCGCGAUGACGAGGCUCGCAUCAACCAGCUCUUCCUCACCGCCCUGGACAAGAUCGUUUUCCUGCCCUUCGCCUUCACCAUGGACAAGUAUCGCUGGUCGCUGUUCCGCGGUGAGGUCGACAAGGCCAACUGGAACUGUGCCUUCUGGAAGUUGAGGGACGAGUACUCCGGCAUUGAACCACCAGUUGUGCGAAGCGAAAAGGACUUUGAUGCCCCGGCCAAGUAUCACAUUUCCGCCGAUGUCGAGUAUCUGAGAUACUUGGUCUCCUUCAUCAUUCAGUUCCAGUUCUACAAGUCCGCCUGCAUCAAGGCUGGCCAAUAUGAUCCCAACAAUGUGGAGUUGCCUCUGGAUAACUGCGAUAUAUACGGAAGUGCUGCAGCUGGUGCUGCUUUCCACAACAUGCUGUCCAUGGGCGCCUCGAAGCCCUGGCCCGAUGCACUGGAGGCCUUCAACGGAGAGCGCAUCAUGUCCGGAAAGGCCAUCGCCGAGUACUUUGAGCCACUGCGCGUUUGGCUGGAGGCGGAGAACAUCAAGAACAAUGUCCACAUUGGCUGGACUACUUCAAAUAAAUGCGUGUCAUCAUAAUUCAAAUGAUUUUAGUGUUCCUACACAGUUCAUUGCUCAAUAAAGUUUAACAAUAUCUUAACUAUAAA